GUAGUUUGUGUUGAGGAGUCGUUCUGAGUAGAAGCAUUUGCGGGAGGACGAUCUGUGACCAGUGGAGUUCGGUUGGACGUUGUUUCUUUUGCCCAUAGUGCUGCGCUGGUGGAUUUGCACUAGUAAGGACUUUGCCAAAGGCUGCGCUAUAUUUUGACAGUUGUGCGCUUUGCGAGGUGAUUAAUGAUUGAAAUAUCGUGGCCUACUGUGUCGAUCAGUGCAAGACGAGACUAUUCGCGACGGGGAGUGUCUUGGUAGAGCAAUCGCAUCUUAUCAGUGGCCAGUGGCGUUGAUAAGAGACCCUGCUUCAAUGAAUUGCACCCGUAGCAAGAAGAAGUGAUUCUGUUGAUGUGCUGCGUGAACCUUUUUGUUUGAGCCUUUCAAAAAACUGAACAACGAGUGAUUCGACCACGAAGGAAAGUGUACACAAGUGUCGUGGACGAGAGUGAAUGUAUCGAAUUUCGCGGAGGCGACACUUUUGAUUUGAGUUGCGUCUGUUUCGGUGCAGCUGUAUUAUAAAAUAAAAUUUAUUUUGAAUUAGUCGUUUUUUUUUCGUUGCUAUCGUCCAAUGGAGUUCAGCCUCAAUGUAAAGUAAGAGAAGAAACACGCGAAGGCUGAUACCGAGAAAAACAGUCGAGUCGUUGUUACGAGGGACGAUCGCGACCAACCGAUGACGGACGGGUGAAGUGAAGAAGUCACAUGAAGACAAACUCGCGAGCCGGGUGUGAUACACAAGUUGAGAAAAGAAAAAAAUCAAGCUGAGCAGGCGAAGCAUAGGGAAGGUAAACGACGAUAAGAAGACGGAAGAAGAGGAAGUAAAGGGCGAAGCAGUUUUGAUUCAUUCAUAAAAAUCUUACUCGCGCUUUUUAUUUUGUUGCAUUUACAUUUAUAUGCGCGCACACGUUGAUGAUUGAAUGUAGCGAAGUCUCUGUCGACGGCCGGGGUGGCUAAAGUGCGGCAAAGGAAGAGAGCAUUGUGUGUUUAUUAUUCCGCGGCGUUGAGUGCGCGGUGUGGCGGUGCUUAGACCGAGUCGCGUGUAGUAGUGCGCAACUGCAACAACAACAACAACGACGGCGACCGCACGCGUUUUUUUGCCAUCAUCGAAGAAGGCGUAUAUGUAUGACGCGGCCAAGAGUGCUGUGCGACCAAAAAACGUAGUAGGCGAGAAGAGUGCGCGAAUGAGAGAGCGUUUAUAAAAUUAGAAUUGUAUUUGCCUAACUCGGCGGGUUUGCAAUUUUCGUAAGGCGGAUGAAGUGGAGGAGAAUUGCAACCAGAUGAGAAUGAUGGUCACGAUCACGUAUGGGAGCGGCUGAAGAUGAUGGUGCGGUAAUUGUGCAAUGAAAUUAAUACGUUACAGGUGAAGAGUGUACUGCGCAUGCAAUUACUAGUGUAAACAUUGGGAGGUAGAUCAAGAGUGUAGAAGUAUCGUUUUUUCACACUCGUAACGCUAAUUCAAAGUGGAUCGCAAUAGUGCCGAGUCGCAGCCAACAAGAGGAUAGCGCAUCGGGAGCCGCUUCGAACAGCGAGCAGCCGAACUCUUCUGGGCGUACGCGCAAGCAAUGGAAUUGGAGGCGUACGAAGCACUAGCGGACUACUCGCUCCAGGAGGCUCCCUUCUACGAGGCACCGCUCAAAGUGGGCCCAACACAGCCGCUGAUAACGGCUCAGCCUCUUCAACAGACACCACGCCUGCCGCACCAGCAGCACUCAACGAUCUCCCUUUCGUCCAUCCGAUCGGCCCUGUUCGGCACGUCGGGUGGCUCGAUGGCUGCUUCCUCACUGAUGCUCAACGGCACCGGCAGUUCGGUCGGCGUGGGAGGCGGUAAAUUGAUGCAACACCUCGGCAACUCCGCUGGUGCCGCUGUGCCGCGGUUUCAACAACCGCCCGCCCUGGUGCCUUCUUCCCUCGGGGGAGGGCUGAUGAAAACGAAGAAGAACUUCAAGAAGUCUGUCAGCUUCUUGCCGACGAUUGUUCAGAGCCGCGACGGCGAACCACACCACUUACAGUUGAAACAGGAACCGCUGGACGAUGGACCGCACGGAACGCGGAACAUCCAGAAGGUGCCGAGUCUGUCGGAUCUGAGCGAUCCGGAAGCGUCACUAGAUGUGCCGACGCAGAUACCCCCGUUGACGCCGGGUACGAACAAGAAGUUGACCGAAGUCCUGUACGCCUCGUUUGCCUCCUGGGAGAAGGUGGUGCAGUCCUGCCGAAUCACCAAAGAUCCACGACAAUGGACACCGGAGCAUGUGAUCAUUUGGCUGAACUGGUCAAUUACGGAGUUCUCGCUGGAGAGCGUCAACAAGGAGCCGUUCCUCAAAAUGAGCGGUCGGGACAUCAUCGGUUUGGGGCGCGAAGGCUUUCUGGCCAUUGCGCCGCCAUUCACCGGUGACAUCUUGUGGGAACAUCUGGAAAUUCUGCAGAAAGAUUGCGAGAAAGCCCUGCUGGACAGUGGCGGCGGCGGUGGUGGUGGCGGCAUUUCGUUGACGUCCGCCACCAGUGUCCUCUACGGUGGCACUGGCGGCGGCGGCGGUGGUGACAGUGGCUCGACGGGAGGGGCCAGCAGUGGCGUCAGCGAACUCAGCGAGUACAACAGUGCCCUCCAGCGGUUGAGCAGUCAACAGCACCAGCAGGAGCAACAGUUUAGAGGCAACAGUGCGACGUCAAUUAGUGGCGGUAAUGGCGGCGGCAGCAGUGCUGCCAGCAAUUCCAAUAAUAGCAGUGGUUACACAUCCCUCCACGAUCGUAGCAAUAGUUCGCCACCUCCGCUGAUCCAAUCCUCCAGCCACUCCGGUAGCGGUGGCGGUGUAGGAGGGGGAGGAAGUAGUGGCGGUGGCGGCGGAGGCAGCAACAACAACAGCAGCAGCACCAACUCAACCUCCUCUAGUGGUAAUAGUAGUAGCAAUAGUAACAAUUCCGCCAAUAUGUCAUCCUACUUAUCAUCGAUGGCGGCGGCCGCCGUGAGGAACGCCAACAGCGGCAGCAGCAACAAUAACAACAACAGUAGCAACAGUGCAAAUAGUUCCAACUAUCCUAGCAGCAAUAGUGCGAAUACCCCUUCCACGACUUCGUCCAGUCACCCGCAGAUGAAGCAAGAGCACGAACCGAACAGUUUUAUCAACAUCGACGAGUUGCCGAACUUCGGCGUCGUUCCGGGCCACUACGACGACCAGGACCAGUAUCACUCGCUACCGCAGCAGGAAGCCCAAACGCCCUCCCACGGUUACCUGGACAACAGUCCGGAGUUCUACUCGGCGAUCCAAAUGGAACAGAAGUACAUGGCCCCGCACUACAAAAGUGGUCCCUACACGAGUCGGAGUAAUCGGUACCACCAACCGCACCCGCACAGUGGCGGCGGAGUCGGAGCGGGUCCUGGCGCGGGCGCCGGAUCGCAAAACAGUCACCACCCCCAUCAUCACCAGCACCACCAUCCGCACCACGACGGGUACCACGAGUACAGUUCACCGUACGACACGCCACCGUUCCAGACCGUACCGAGCAAUACGACGUCACCUCAGGGUAGCAACAACGACGGCACCGGGCUCGGCGGGCACAUGGAUCCCUGGAGUCAACUGCACCACCCCGGACAACACCCGGGCCACCCGGGAGGACAUCCGUCGUUGUUGGACUUCCAGCAUCCGGCCUACAUGGGUACUACGAUGGGCUUCGAUAAGACCAUGCUCGGAAGCUACGGCACCCAGGGUGGAGCGCCCUGUUUCACCGGUUCCGGACCUAUUCAGCUGUGGCAGUUUCUACUCGAACUGCUCACCGAUAAGACCUGCCAAAACUUCAUCUCCUGGACCGGCGACGAGUGGGAGUUUAAGCUGACCGAUCCCGAUGAGGUGGCUCGUCGGUGGGGCGUCCGGAAAAACAAGCCAAAAAUGAACUACGAGAAACUCAGCAGAGGGCUCCGGUACUACUACGAUAAGAAUAUUAUCCACAAAACCGCUGGCAAGCGUUACGUUUAUCGUUUUGUAUGUGAUCUUCAAACUCUGUUAGGAUACUCAGCCAAGCAGGUGCACGAAAUGGUUGACCUCAAGCCGGACAAAAAAGAUGACGAGUGAAAUCCCCAAAUCCCCUCAGAAACCUCCCACUAGAAGCCUAGUAGCAGCCCAGUGUACGCUCCUUGCUCAAAGAAACCCCACGGGAGAGUCAGCAAUCCGGCGCUUCCUUUACGAGAUACUUCACCAUGUUAUUUAUGUGUGAAAUGUGCUUCCAUCGAUCAGCAGAAAACACACGGAAACUAAUGUGUUACCCCCUUCUAAUCUUUAAACAAAACAAAAAUCUGUGUUUCGUUCCCCAAAACAAAAAAAAAACAAAAUCAAAGAUCGUACUUUUACAAUCGACCAAAAAUACCAAACAAAAAACAUCAUCGUUGGAACAUCCUAACCAAUCAAAGUAGGCAGAGACCAGGCGGCUGUGAAGCAGCACACGUGUUCGUGCCUUAUGAACCAGAGCUGUCAGUCAGGCAAAGUUGAGUUCGUGCAACAAGUCACGCAGAGAAGCAAAACAAUCAGAAGCCAAGAAAUCGUACUCUCGAGAUGGUGACGAUCGGUCGCGAACUGUUAGGGAGGUAAGCGAAACUUAAGUCUACUUAAACACACAGAAAACACGCGUAAAAAUAGACAAAAAAAAGUCCCCAAAUAAAAACGCAAACAAAUUGCGAGGAAAAAAGUUUCGAUUUCAAUACACGCAGACACAAACAUAGCAAAAACCAAGCAAAAAGUCGCAAAAAGAUGCUCUGAAGCACGCCAGAGCCGAGACGAAGCAGAAAACAAAUUUUAUUUUAUUUUUCCCUUGUAGUUAACGUAAAAUUAUUUGUGAAGCUUUUGUGAUAAGUUUUUUUUUCUUUAUUUCUAUUUUUAGUAGACAUACUUGCUUUUAUAUAUGUAUGUAUAAUUAUUACACCUUAGAUUACUCGAUAGCAAAAAUGAAAUUCGAAGAAGAGAUGCGGUCUCCGCUUCGUUCAAAGAGAGGAAAAUAAUCCGACGAUGGGUAGGAGAAUGAGCAGUAUAUAAACAAAUCAAAGUGGAUGUUCUUCGUAA